GCUGCGUCAGCUCGUUUCAGCGCUCUACUACUGCUACUUCGGCACGGCAUGUCUCGGCGAGCAUCCCCGCACAGUACGGCCUCGAUUCAGUGCACACUGAUUGCAGUGCUCCAUCGCUUGGUCUCUCACACCUCAAUGCGACGACCCCACAAAUGCGUGACCACACGACGAACCAGCUUCGUUAGCGCUUCCACGCUUCUGUGGUCAGCGCAUGAACCCGCUUUGGCCUCACACUCUACGCAGCAAGGGCCGAAGGCGGGCGGCCAGACUUCUUCAUGCCACCGCUCGCUGCGAUCCUGUUGGUGCCUGUCCUCCUUUUCGUUGUCAAAAGCAAACCGAUCAAUACCUUCGCAGGUCCGUAUAUCAUAUUCGGUCAUCGAUACAACCCAUGCCAAUCACAAGGGGUAUUCGUGGUACAGGUCCGAAUAAGUCACUUCAACCCCAAAAGACCUUACGACCUGCAGACGGCUACAGGAAAUAUAACAUUGAAAGAAGAUUUCGCAGACGGAUAUUGGGCAUCUGGUACUAUGGCCGUGCGAUCUAAUAACCAAUGGAAAGAAAACGCUUUCGUAUUCAAUUUUCCACGCAAGGGGUGCUCGGUCAUUCGAGAGCAAUUCCCUGACAUGUAUCGCUUUUUCGCGGAGGCGACCGGGGCGCCGGUGGCGGACAAGACGGCUCCUUGUGUGUUACCUAAGGGAACCUUCGUUGUACCAGAGCCUCGCCCGGUGAACGCGACGUUACCCAACAUUCCGAUUCUGCCAUACGGGCGCUACUGGUAUCGGGGGACGUUAAGUCGAACGAGGAACAGCCCCAGUCCACUUGCAUGCGUAGAGUUCGACUGCGAAGUUAUUCCGAAACCAUGAGCUGUUUUUCACUAGAGAGCUGAAGGGUGCAUUUCGUCACACAUUUAGUUGCAAAUACUAUUCACUAAAUUAUUGGAGGAGAGGGAUUCUUUUGAGCAGCUACAGCAGAACCAAAUAGACACCCCAAUGUAAUAAGCAUCGCGAUCCAUCUCAAGGUUCCAGCGCUACGUCACUUUUGCAAAAUUUUGAACAUCUAUCACUGAAGGAUAUUGCGGAACAGA